AUGAUUUAUUAUUUGCUUGCAUUGUUACUAAUUCCAAUUUCAUUUUAUUCAUCUGCAUUCAUUAAAAAUAUAACUGGAUCUAAUUCUGGUUUAUUAUAUACUAAUUUAGAUGAUAAUACAGUUUGUUAUGUUCAAAUUUAUGGUGUUGGUUUUGAUGGACAUAAAAAAGAUUCAGAUUUUAAAUGGGGGGUUGCGAAAGACUUAUAUACUAGUCCUGAAUUAGUUAUAUCAAGUGUACAAUAUAUGGAUCAAUUGUUAACAAAUGAUCAAGUUCAUGAAUUUACUGAAACUGUCGAUCAUUUACCUAAUUAUGAUGAAAAAAUGGAUUAUUGUCAAGAAUUUAAGGAAAAAGUUGAAUUUUGGAGUGAUACAAAACAUAAAGCUAGACAUGUAAGUCAUGUUGAACCAGCUGAACCAAAUUUAUUUUUAAGAAUUAUAAAUUAUUUUAUUGCAAUUUUCACAACUAUUGAUUAA